AUGAUCCCAGCCUUCCAGUUUGCGCUGGGACAUCAAGUGCUUCAAGGCCUUGUGACGGUGGGCCGCUACGAUGGCAAGAGGCCCUGCUUGUCCGCGGGCACCACGGCGGGCAAGGUCUUGAUCCACUGCCCCCACAACCGCAUCGAGAAUCCCCAGAACGAGGUGAUGUUCUUGAACAUCAACCGGAAGAUCACGUCAGUGGUCUCCGGCGUGCUGAACCCUGCACUUCAGCGUGACGUUCUGAUGGUGGGCACGCAGACUUCUUUGAUGGUCUACGACGUGGAGGAGAACGCGGACCUUUUCUUCAAGGAGGUCCACGACGGUGUCAAUGUCAUUGCUUUCGGGCAGCUUCCUUCGAUCGAGCAGCCCCUGUGCGUGGUGGGGGGCAACUGCUCCAUCCAAGCCUUCGACUUUGAAGGUAGCGAGUUGUACUGGACGGUCACGGGCGACAACGUGAGCGCUUUGGCCUUCUGCGACGUGGACGAUGACGGCCACCCAGAGCUGCUAUGUGGCACUGAGGACUUCGAGAUCAGAGCUUUGAAAGCUGAAGAGGUCCUCAAGGAGAUCACAGAGACGGACGUAGUUUUGCGCAUCGAAGCCCUGCACAAGAGCCGCUUCGCCUAUGCGCUGAUGCACGGCACGGUGGGGGUCUACGAUAAGCUGACCAGAGCUUGGCGUGUGAAGUCCAAGAAUCGGGUCAAUUGCAUCGAUUGCUUUGACCUGGACAACGAUGGUGUGCCGGAGGUCAUUGCGGGCUGGGAGAAUGGAAAGGUGGAGGUACGCAACGAGAAGACCGGAGAGGUCAUGUGCAAGGACUACUUCCAAGCCCCGGUGGCGGCCCUUGUGCAUGCGGACUACCGCCUGGAUGGCCGGGAGACGCUGAUGUGCCUCACUUCGGAGGGGGACGUCAGGGGCUGGCUGCCCUCCUCCAGCGGCGCGGAGCACAGCGGCCUCAACACCGGGGCCGCAGCUGUGGAGGCCAAGGAGAACGACGUGUGGCGGGAGCUCACGGCACAAAAGGCGAAGCUGACGCAGGAGCUCACCAGCUUCCAGGAGCAGCUGAAGCAAUACAAGUCCGCCGGCAAGGAGACGGGCCAAGGUGUCAUUCCCACGGACACCAAGCUGAACGCCUCCCUGCGCUCCAACAAGUCCCACGGCACCGUGGAGCUGCAUCUCAUGACUUCCAACUACUCCGUGAUUCGUGCAGUGGUGAUUUUCGCAGAGCACCUCUUCGAUGGGGAGGCGUGCAUGCUUCACCCCCUGCCGCCUUCCAACAACAUCAUUGUUCAGAUCUCGCCGGCCAAGGACGUUCAGACCACCAUGAACAUCAAGGCGAUGACCGGUGUGACGGUCAGCAGUGUCCAGUACCACGUCUUCGAGCUGAACUAUGUCAUGCCCAAGUUUGCCAUGUACCACCAAGUGGACACUGCCUCACCUCCAAGUGGAGCGGUGACAUUUGUGGUCCAGGAGCGGCCGAAUCGGAUCUGGUCCUGGCUGCAGAAGUCCUUCAUCAACAUCCCGGAGCAGAUGCCCUCGGCCUCGGGAACCUCAGCGCUGGAGGUAAACUUCAUCUCACUGCGCACCGGUGAGCCGCUGUGCAUCUCCAUGAGCAGCCAGCAGGCGGGUCUUAUGACGGUCCGUACUGAUGACAUGGAGACUGCCGGGGAGAUGGUGCAAGACCUUUGCGGCUUCCUCCAGGUGACUGAGCUGGAGUCCUCCGCCAACUUCCCCUCGGAGAUGGACAAGUUCCAGCAGGUCCUGACGCGCGUGGACGAGUACAACGCGGUGCGCAUGAAGCUCACCGCGGAGAUGGCGGACAGCGCAAACUUGGUCAAGGCGCUCAUCGUAAAGGCAGAGGACUACAGGAUGCUGUCUGACAUGCAGCAUUUGAAGAAGGUCUUCGGCAGCCUUCAGCAGACCAACAGCGACCUCAUCGCUGAGUACAACAAGCGAGCGAACAACCACCAGCAGCUCCUAGCGCAGCUCAAGGAAGUCAACAUGAUGAUCCAGAAAGCCGCCAAGCUCCGGGUGGGCACCGCAAAGAGCCGGGUGGUGGCGGCCUGCCGUCAAGCCAUCAAGCAGAACAACAUCAUGGGCCUGUUUCAGAUCAUCAGGACAGGCCACGACGCGUCAGGAUGA